UUCACAUGACGUUGUGGAAGUUUACGCUACAGCUCCGGGAGAAUCAGAUGUAAAACUCUACAAAACAUCACUCCUCCUUGGCGGGAAUGUGUCCACGGUGAUGGCGAAUCUUCCCGAGUGAUCCCUGUCGUCGUGUGUCGUGUUUUCAGCGCGUGUCAGACGUUUGAGACGUUAAUCAGCCCGUCCCUUCUGUUCUCCAAUCAUUGUAAACAUGGAGGAGUCAUCCAGCGUCCGCGCGCAUCCCGGCCCCCAUCCUGAAGAUAACGGCAGGUCGACUCAAUGGCGCAACUGGACUGGGUUUUGGUUUCUUGGAUUGUGCAACAACUUUGCAUAUGUGGUGAUGCUGAGCGCCGCCCAUGACAUCCUCAAAAAACAGGAGUCAGAAAAUGCCACAGCAUCUGUUUCAUUCACUUUGAACGCGGACGUCCAUGGUGGAAACAAAACCAACAGCAGCCGCUAUGACUGCAACCCUGUCUCUACUGCGGCUGUGCUGUUGGCUGACAUCCUCCCAACGCUGGUCAUCAAACUGUCGGCUCCCUUUGUCGUCCAUAAAGUCCCUUAUGGCAUCCGAGUGUUGUUCUGCGUUGCCAUGGCAGCACUGAGUUUUCUUCUUGUGUCUUUCUCCUCUUCUGUGUGGAUGAGCAUUUUGGGAGUGAUCUUUGCCAGUAUCAGCUCUGGACUGGGAGAGCUGUCCUUCCUCUCCCUCACUGUCUACUUCAGUAGGGAUGUACUGGGGGGCUGGGGUUCUGGUACUGGUGGUGCUGGUGUCGCUGGAGCUCUGCUGUACUCGGGCCUCACCCAGAUGGGCCUGUCCCCCCGGGUUACACUUCUCAUCAUGUUGCUUGUCCCAUUGGCCAUGUUAAUUAGCUACUUUGUGUUGUUGGUGCCUCCGGAUUCGUUACCUCAGUGGAAAAUCAGGGAGAUGCAAAACGCCGCUGUGGACGCUGAGGAUCGGCAACGGCUGAUGGAUGGGUCAGAGGAAGAGGAGCAGGACAAACCCCCCCAUGAGGUCAGAGGUCAGACAACCGAGCCCCUCUGCUUCACUGAGAAGCUGCAGAUCAUCAGAGGCCUUCUGAGGUUUGUGCUUCCUCUGUGUCUGGUCUACUACGCAGAGUACUUCAUUAACCAGGGCCUGAUGGAGCUCCUGUAUUUCCCCUCAUUUUUCCUGUCCCAUGCAGAGCAGUAUCGCUGGUACCAAACACUGUAUCAAGUGGGCGUGUUGGUGUCUCGAUCUUCUCUGUGCUGCAUGAAGAUCAGGAAACUCUGGGCUCUUGCUUUGCUACAGGUGUUGAAUGCAGUGAUACUCCUGUUGGCAGUCCGGUUCCAGUUCUUGCCCAGUGCUUGGGUGGUGUUCAUUAUCAUCCUCUAUGAGGGUCUUCUGGGUGGAGCUGCUUAUGUCAACACCUUCUACUUUAUCAGCGUGGAGACUGAAGACAGACACAGGGAGUUUGCGAUGGCGGCCGCUAGCGUCGGAGACAGUCUGGGCAUCGCUCUGUCUGGACUCUGUGCUUUCCCCGUUCACUCAUACUUCUGUUCCCUGUGACGCCGCCCACUCACUCUGUCCAGCAGGAUGAGGAAACACGCCGUGGGUGGGUUUUAUUAGAUUUCUUUUUUAACUUAAAAAUGACUUCAGGGGAGUGGGAGUUCAGGACAAAACAUUAACUCCAACGCAAGUGGGCACAUAAUCAACAGGUUUGUAAUUACUCACAGUGAACUGUUCAACUCCCAGGUUUUAUGAAAGGCUGCUUUUUGGAUUCACAUAAUGGCCUAUCCUGUGUGGAAAAAAUGUCAGAGCAUCACUGCAGGACACAUAGUUUUCUGCAAUGCAAAACCAUGGUGAAAGGCUACAUAAACAUUUAGCUUGUGUUGGAUGAUGGUAUAUUGACUCUAUGUCUAAGCUAAUGGUAACUACAGUUGCAUGUGCACUAGACUACAACAACAACAAAAAAGGAUCUACAUAGAAAUCAGUGUUAUUCAUUAGUUUUUAAAUGGUGUUAGCCUACUAGUAAUAAAGAAUGUUUGGUUUACCCCAGAGUUAAAGAUAAGUAAUGAAAAAAGGAUUAUGUUACAGGAAUGGAGAUGUUGAUCUAUAAAUUCAGUGGAACUAUGAACACAGGGAUAUGGCCUUAGAGCAAAGAAAAAGCAUUUUUAUUUCAGUACUUUAAUUGUAUGUAGAAAGUUUGCUUGUUUGUACAAAGUUUGAAUGUUUUAGCCCAAAUGCAGAUGUUUUAGCCCAAAUUCACUGAACAGCCCAAUUUGUUUUCUGACCUUCUGUCAUGACCUUUCAACUUUAAACCCAGAGCUGUUAUCGUCAUCCUGCUGCGGUCAUGAUGUACUAACACAAAGAAUCUGCUAAAUCAUUAUUCAGUGCUUCCCAAAUGUGACAGGAAAAACAGUGGAGAGUGAAACGGGAAAGUGGUCUAUAUUUCAAGGUAAAGCAACAUAUUUGAGAACCUAUUAACUACUGUUCAUGAUCAUUAUCUGAUCAUUAUCAUUCUUCCACUUCCCAGUUAACAUUAAUAUUUGAUUGUCUUAUAUAUUAUCAUAGUGGAGGAGUCAAUUCAUUAUGAAAUAUUUGUUUUGCUGCCUUUUCAUGAAACCAACUGCUAGAACACAUUCUUGUGGUGAAUGAGUAGAAUUUCACAUAACACGAUUGACUACCACAACAUUUGAGAAUCUGGUGAAAAGAUAUAGACACAGGAAAAUUUACAUUGAAGGUUUGAACACAUCCAGUGGGUUUUACUUCCAGGCUUAACUAGAGGUAAAGUUAUAUUUAAGAAUCUGUUUAUGUAUUUCCUGUUUGACCAUGUAUACUAUGAGACAGUAAUGUUAGUGCUCACAUUAGGUGGUAGAAUAUGUUUAUUAUGGUUUUACAUUGAAACAUGAUCCACUGUUCCUCCAUAUUUUCACUUUCUAGUGUCUCAUGGGAACUUCCCGUGUUUUCUAAUGGGCAGUUUUAACGUCAUGAUGCUUUGUAAAACUGUGUUCUGACAUUAUCCUAUUGAUAACAGAUUUGAGUUUCCCAAAAAUAGUGACCAUAUGAAUAGGGGCCAUAAAAUGCAGAUAUUUUGCUCCCAGGUCAUAAUGUAACAACACAUAUGUAUUUCUAACUAGACAUUUUGCUUUUACUUAAAACUGAGGCUGUCUGGUACUUUCUGAAAACAGUUCUAUAAUACGUUGUGUUCUGAAUGUUAGGAAACAGUUGUAAAGCCCAACAACUUAGCUGUUUUAUCACUGUUUCAAUAACAGUUGGACCUUUAAUGGCACAUUGGUGCUUUUACUUAAACUGCUUCACAGUGCCUUCUGUUUAUUAAAGUCACAUGGAAUCAGUUGUAUUUGUGACUUGGGUGUAGAUCUGCAUACUGUUCAACUAACAGAACUGAAUGGACCAAAAAUGCCUUUUUUCACUUUAAGUAUCUUCUACCAGGGGUUCCCAAAGUGGGGGUUGUGAGAUGAUUUUCAGAAUACUCUUAAUGUGAUCCUUGAGGUGAUUGCAAUAGAUUAACAUCAGUUUUGUAGCACUUGCAGAUUGAAGGUAGAAAGUUUGAUUUAUAAAUCUUAUGGAGCAUAGGAUGAAGAUUUACUUUACAAGUGCAAAGCUCAGAACAUUAGCAUGUGAACCACAACUUGACAAUGACAAACCGAUGAGGCAUUGUUCGGCCUACAGGUUGACUAAUGGUGUCACAUUUAAUAAAAAUAAACAUAAAAAGGCCAAUAAAUGUUGUAAAACAGACACAUUAACCUAAAUAAACGUUAACACAAAACCCCUCUUGAACCCCUGCACAUAAAACAGAACACAAUAAGUAAAAUGUCCAGUACCCACAAUGCAAUGCAGCAAAUAUGCCACAGUAUCAUUUACAGGUGACACAUGACUCUACAGCGCCACAGUAAACAUCACUUCAGUGUGCACCAGUAGAUUUCUUCUGAACUCAUCAUUAUGACAGCAACAAUGUUCAGUCAUAAGUAACAUGGAGAUUACCUUGACGUAUUCUGCUUUUAUUGCAUAGUAAAUUGUUAUAUACAAAAUCAUAUCAUGGUUGUCAGGCUGUUCUGUUCUUUUGUGUUUUUAUGCUCAUGUUUGGAUACACCAGGGAUCACCAGUCCUGGUCCUCGAGGGCCAGUAUCAUGCUUGUUUUAGAUGUAUCCCUCUUCCAACACACCUGAUUCAAACCAUAAGCCUAUCAUCAAGCUCUGCAGAAGCCUGAUAACGACUGUCAGGUGUGCGGGAAGAGGGAAAUAUCUAAAACAUGCAGGAUACCUGCCCUCGAGGACCAGAAUUGGUGACCCCUGGGAUACACCUUCUAGUGCAUGAGCCCUGUGCGCACAUCUUUUUUAUGUUUCAGUCACUUUGAGGAUAGUGGAGGUCGCCAGUUUAAAAGUUUGGGAACCCCUGUUCUAAACAAGCAAAGUAGCUUUUGUGGAUGUGCAAAUGAGCAACAUCUAAGGUAUGAAUCAAUUAAAAAUGUUUUAGUGUGUUUUAUUAAUCAGUCAUGUCAGGUGUUUUUGCUUCUCAAAGAUGAUGAUUUAUCAUUUAUUAUUUUGGUCUUUUUGACAAAACAAACAUGCUUUCAGAACAUCUGUUUUAAUGUGUAAUAAUGACUAAUAAUGACUACAACUGCAUUAAUGUUCUGACAUACUGUAUUUCAUCUUGGUUUGUCUUUCACUCUAAACCCUGACUUCAUUGUAUACCAAUGUGCCUGUUCCUACUGUUUUACUUACUUUGUAACAUAUGCUGCUGCUGCUGUUGAAUUUUUAUAACUCUGGUUCAACAUAUUGAUUUAUUGAUUGUUUUUUACCCUAUGCUUUCUUUUUUAGACAAAACUGAAAUAUAUUAAGUGUUUGACAGUCUAAUGCUGUAAUUUUAUAUCUGACCUUCCUACACCCUGGUGGUUACAUGAAUAAUUUGGAUGUGUCUUGUAAAAUAAAGGAUUUGAAAGU